AGGUUGGAACUUGGGUGGCACAAGGCAGUCGCGAUUCGACCGCGGCGCGAUUCGGACGUCUGUCUCGUUACACACAAUUCCCGCCUUUCGUACUAAAACGAUUUACACAUCAAUCAAGGGACACAAUGGAUACCGUGAGAAUUACAGUCGAGGCGAUGCUCCUGUGAUGACCCAAGGACGAGAGCCAUUGACCAUAAUGGACGGCAAUCUUCAGACUGACUUCUCUACGAAGACCAAGCGAGGUGUCUACCUCUCUAAGAGCCUCACAUUUGUCAUCCUCAUCAUAUUCGCUCUAGCACUUAUCGCUACAGCUUUCAUAGUGUAUAAUUUCGCAGCGUGUCCUAGGACUGAUCAAUUAGCAAAUGUAACGAAAUUCGAAUUAUCACAUUGUGAACAAUCAAAGUUACUAGUGAUACCGUUAAGUACAGAAAAUAGUAAAAGUGUUUUACCAGUAGAGAGUACAACAAAACAUAUCGAAUCAACUACCAAGGGUGAUGAGAACGCUGUUACUGACGUCAGAUUACCCACUAACAUCAAACCCGAUCGCUAUUAUCUUAAAUUAACACCUUAUAUCUUUGAAGGUAAUUUCACAUUCGAUGGCGAGAUUAGUGUCGUUAUAACAGUUAAAAAUAAAACGAAUACAGUCACGUUUCAUGGUGUUGAAUUGAGUUUUCAUAGAAUAGAACUGUACAAGAAAGAAGACGGAAAGGAAAUCUUGAUUACGAGACGCGCGGUGGACGUUCCGAGACAGUUUCACAUCAUAAGUACUGCGGAACCUUUGAUAGCGGGACAACAAUAUGUCCUGAAUAUAACUUACAGCGGUAUAUUAAAUGAUAAUCUUCAUGGAUUCUAUAGAAGUUCCUACGAAGAAAAGAAAGUCAAAAGAUGGAUAGCCGUAACCCAGUUCCAAGCAACGGACGCCCGCCGCGCUUUUCCCUGCUGGGACGAGCCCGCAUUGAAGGCUAAAUUCACAAUCAGCAUCGCCCGGCCCAGCAACAUGACUUCGGUUUCAAAUAUGAAUAUUGUUGGCAAAGAACCACAUGCCAUAUUAAAAGAUUACGUCUGGGAUCACUACGCGGAGUCUCUGCCUAUGUCGACGUAUCUCGUCGCUUUCGCCGUCACCGAUUUUGCUAACAUGAGUGACAAUAACUUUUCGGUUUGGGCAAGAAAGGAGGCGCUACCCUCAGCUGCGUACGCACUAGCUAUUGGCCCGAAGAUACUAUCAUUUUUAGAAGAAUACUACAAGAUAAAGUUCCCGUUGCCGAAGAUUGACAUGAUUGCGUUACCGGAUUUCAAAGCUGGAGCGAUGGAAAAUUGGGGUUUACUCACGUUUAGGGAAAUAGCAAUGCUGUACGAUAAUGGAGUUUCUCCAACUACAGCAAAGGCACGUGUAGCGGCAGUGGUGGCCCAUGAAAUCGCCCACCAGUGGUUCGGAAACCUUGUCACACCUGCAUGGUGGUCGGACAUAUGGCUUAACGAAGGGUUCGCGAGUUACGUUGAAUAUGUCGCCGUUGAUGCCGUUGAAAAAAGUUGGAAGCUAAUGGAAAUUUUCAUACUUAACGAAGUUCAAAGCGUUUUUAAGUUAGACGCUUUGACAUCCUCGCAUCAAAUAUCAGUUGAAGUUGGAAAUCCAGAAGAAAUCGGGGCUAUAUUCGAUAAAAUUUCUUACGGCAAAGGUUCGGCAAUACUUCGAAUGAUGAAUCAUUUCUUAACCGAUGACGUAUUCAAUGCUGGCAUAACUGAUUAUUUGAAUGCGAAAAAGUUCGGAGAUGCAGAACAGCGUGAUUUAUGGAGUGCUCUUACCAAUGCCGCUAGAGAGAAGGACGCUUUUGAUGCUGACGUUGGCGUUGUAAUGGAUUCUUGGACUUUGCAGACUGGUUUUCCUGUACUUACUAUUAUUAGAGACUAUAAAAGUGGAUCAAUUACAUUUAGACAGGAAAGAUUUGUCUUAAUAAAUGACACUUCGUAUGAACACAAUUCAUCAGUGUGGUGGAUCCCUAUAUCAUAUACUACAGCUUCUGAAAAAGACUUCGAAUCAACCCGACCCAAGUUGUGGCUCAGGGGUGAAAGAUCUAUUGUAGUCGACAAUAUAUCCGUGAACGAAAACGAUUGGCUCAUAGCUAACAUUCAGCAAACAGGCUUCUACCGAAUUAACUACGACCAGAACAACUGGAAAUUGUUGAUAAAAGUUCUAAACAAUCCAUCUCGCUUUGAAGAAAUACACCCAAUCAAUAGAGCUCAAAUAAUCGACGACGCUAUGAACCUUGCUCUUUCUGGACGUCUCGAUUACAAAACAGCUUUGGAUAUAUCUAGUUACUUGUUCCAUGAGAGAAGCUAUGUGCCCUGGAAGGCGGGGCUUGUAGCUUUGGGGUACAUUGAUACGAUGCUAUCGAAGGGAGCGUAUUAUCUCGAGUAUAAGAGUUACGUAUUACGUCUCUUAAGCGGCGCAGUUCAGGAUCUUGGGUGGGAAGUAUCUGCGAAUGAGAGCGUAGUUCGAGCUCAGCACAGAGCGGACAUGCUUUCUACAGCUUGCCAUCUCCAGCAUGUGGAUUGUUUGGAACACGCUGUCAGGAUGUACACGAAUUGGAUGUUAACCCCUAAUCCCGAUGCAUAUAACGAGAUACACGCAGAUAUUAGAAGUACUGUGUAUUGCGUCGGGGUUCAAGCGGGAGGUGCGAGGGAAUGGCGUUUUGCAUGGGAUCGUUUUAUGGUGGCGAGUGCUCCUUCUGAGAGAGAACUACUACUCUCAGUGUUAGGAUGUACCAGGGCACCAUAUCUGUUAUACAGAUAUCUUGACUUAUCGCUUCGAAACGACAGUGGAAUACGUAAACAAGACACAGUGAGGGUAUUUUCAGCAGUCGCUAGUUCUUCUAUCGGAGAGCCGAUUGCUUUCAACUUCGUUAGAGCUAAUUGGCAAAGACUUAAAGAAUAUGUCGGAUCUGUCUCUACCCUCAACUCUAUACUCAAAGUUGUCACCAGGAGACUGAAUCAAGUUCAUGAAUACGAUGAGUUAAAGAGGUUCGUCGCAACAUCUUGCAGUGACCUUGGACGACCUGUGCAGCAAGUACUGGAACGAACUGCAGCAAACGUCCAGUGGAUGGAAAAGAAUUACCAAACGAUCGUCAACUGGCUCUUAAAUGCAGACAAAUCUCUACUCCAUACAGAUGCGUGAUCGAUUGCACCGAUUUCCUACUUGUGAUUAAUUUAGCAUAAUUCCCGAAUACUAACUAAGUAUGUUCAUAAUUUAUACGUAUUUAAUUGUUAACUUUAGUCUGAUACAGAUCGAUGUAAUAGAAUAAUCGUAGUUUGUAAUACAAGAUCGAUGAGAAUACUGUCGAACUAGUCUAAGAAAUCUGUAUGAUUUUUUGUAAUAACCUCAUUUUUAUCCGUUAUAAUUUUUUGUCUGCGAAAUAAAAGGUUCUUUUUUUCGAGGAUUUUCUAGUUGCAGUUCGGCGUUUGGAUGCUGACAUUGGUUACAGUGGUUGGAAAGCUAAUAUAGAAUGCACCUGUGUUUGCGAAUAUAUAUGCAAUAAUAAGUUUUUAGUCUUCGUAGAGUCAAUCAGCAUCACGGUUCACCAUUACUCAUUAUAAAUAAAUGUUAUAUGUAAUAAAAUCAUAUCAGAGUGUAUAAUAAAACUUGUCGUAAACAAAUCAAAUGAAGUCAAAGAAUUUUACUCGUAGUCAUCCAUCUCUCCGGCAUGAUCAGCUGGACAUUACCAUAAUAAUUUAUUGUAAGAGUAAUGUAAGAUGGUAAUAUUUCUUUGUUCAUUUAUAAGGAUUUGUUUGUAAAUUAUCAAUGUGACCAAAAAGGAGGUUCUUCAAUAUUAUUGAGUCUAGAUUGUCAUAUUUUAUAGUCGUAACUGCAAAUACACUUAUCGUUUGUGUUCGUGUUUUGAUUUUGUAAAUAUUAAAAUUUGCGAAAAAUUUCGUUAGAGUUAAAUCUAUAUUAUUUAAUCUAGCUUAAUUAUAAGUCACGGUAACAUUUAUCUUAUAAUUAUAAUGUAAUUGGUAUUUUCGUUAGAACGUGAUAAUAUUUUGAUAGAUACCGGUUUUGAUCUGAAAAAUACUUGUAAUAUAUAAGGCCAUUCCCAUGAUAUUCCAUAGAAUAUCACGGGAGUCCCCUUGAGCUCCAGAGUGACAUUUAACGCUUGGAUUGAAUUGUUCAAAACUGCUCGUAUUUUAUAUGAUAUAUAAAUCCUUUUAAAAAUAAACAUUAAAUAGUAAUCUAGGGAUUUAUUUUUGUGAUAAGUUUGAUGUCUGUCUUAAAUUGAUAAUGAAUGCAUUAAAUUGAAAAAAUAAGGGAUUGAGAUACCCGAAAAUCACGUGUCUCAAAAUAUCUCUGAGUUAAUGUGGAUAAGAUUCACCGAUGUAAGUUAACAUAGAAGAACUGCAUGUUUUGGAAUCCAUUCUACCAAGACUAGACACCUAGCCUGCAUCGUAGAAAAUGCUUUAAACUAUUUCAAAAUUGGUAAGAAAGAAGAAACGUAUGUAAGUAUACCCAUUAACGAAAUGAUGAAAUUACUAAGAAACAAACGCAAUCAAAUAAGACAUAUUGUAAUUGGAAGCCCUAUCAGUAAUCAUGAAGAGAUAAGUAUGGCAUUUUGCUGACAUAUAAUUUACUUGGCAAUGGUAAUAUAUCCAACAAGUUCGAUGCUAUGACCAUAAUUUUUUCUACGUUAAUAUGUAAUUCGAAUACUAGUCUCCAUACUUGUUUAAAUCAAUUGGAAUUUUCUGCCGUUAUCUCCUGGACUAUGUUCGCAUCUAAUCAGAUAUUGUAGAUCAGAUAAAUACAACGUUUAAUCCGGUAUCGCUUAAUACAUAAUUUUAAACAAAUAAUGCCCUAAAAACGUAAGCGGCCGAAGAGAAGAUAGUUUUGUGAAAUAUUCAUAGACAAGCAAGAAAACUUAUUUAUUUACCCAUUUAAAUAUUUUCUUUUUUUAUAAUAUAGGUAAGGCAAAUAGAUCACCACCACCCAUAGACGUUGGCGGUAUAAAAAAUAUUUAAC